AUGUCUGCGAACCAUUGCAGAGAAUUAGUUUGCUGGGAAAAUAUUGGUAGUGAAUUUGUUAUAGAUAUUAUUAAAAGGCUAUUGCCGACAGACACUCAGGAAUUGAAAUCUGAAGAAUACUAUCUUUUCCUCCAUCAUACUGUCAGUGUCAUUAUGAAGAAAGCAGGAGUUCCAGAAAGAACUGUUCUACUCAUGCUGUUAGAAGAUUUCAAUGAUCGUUUUGAGCGUAAGACAAAGCGAGGUCAUGUAACGUGUACUAUUGAUACAAGUCAGGAGGCAAUUAUGAUCGGCUUUGAAGAAGUUGAAUGUUUGAAGCUUUAUGUGGAUCAUGCUCGCAAACGAGUGAUAAGAGAACUUAAAGAAAGUAACAAGGACUACGUCGAAAGCGAAUAUCUGUUUAUAGGCUAUGAUGGUAAACCUAUUGUAAAUGAGUCAUUCGAUGAUACGAUCGUAAAAGAAACUGAAAGUGAAAAGAAAGCAUUAACGUGUAGCACACUCAGCCAGGAAUCAGUUCAGAUGGAAGCUUGUCGAAAGGAUCUUAAUGAUGAUAAACAUAUUCGUGAGGAAAAAAUCCAGACAUCUGAAGUACAAGAUAUGAAGAUGAAUCAUUUGUCUCUCGUAAAAACGAAUUUGAUUGGUGUUUCAAACUAUGAUGAACCGAAGUCAACCGAAGAUUUCAGUUUGCUUGUUGAAAAUGUGAAUGAUGAUAGAGAUGGGGAGGUGAACGAUGAUAAAAACCAAGAGUUGAAUGACGACAAACCUAUCUGUGAUGGCAGAUUACAGACAUCGGAAGGACAAGAUAAUAGUAAAAUAGAUGAUUUAUGUCUCGGAAAAGAAAGAAUCGUCAAUGUUUCAAAAUGUGUUGAAUCAAAGUCACCCGAAGAAUUCAGUUUGACCUGUGGAAAGAUAAAUGGUGAAAAUAUGAAAAACAAGAACGAAAAGGAAAUGUUGCAUUCAAUGAACGCAUCACCCACACGACCAAGCAACACAGGACUACCGGCAAGGAGCCCAGCAGGACAAAGGGAAAAGACGACCAAAAGCAUUUCUAAAACGAAACUUGUCCCAAUCGGGUCGGAAGAAAUAACAAUACAAAAUGAAAGUCUUGAUGACUUUAUUCUGAAUAUCGGAGAAUUUUUGGCAAGUGAUAGAUGUGAAGGACAAAGUUUCGAUGGAAUAUAUAAAUUGUCGAGACCUUUGCGACUAUAUUUAUUUUACGAAAAUUAAUGUCAAUGUCUGAAGAAUUAUUCCCUUCGUUAUUUU